AUGGAUAUAAAGAAGAGUUUAAGAGAUUUUGUAUGUAUAUAUAUAACAAAGGUAGGAAAAUAUACGAUGCUCUUCUGUCUUAGGUUGAGUGACCGUGUGCUUUGUUUGAAGGAGAAAUGGAUAACAAGGUUUUGUGUAUGGGGAGAAGAGGAUGAAGGGGAGUGGGUUUAUUUAUGCAUGAGCAUGAAAGGCUUGGGUCCCUUUUGAAACGUGUCUUUGAGAGAUGGAAAUGCUUAAAUUUUAUCAAUGAAAAGGGCUAAUUUGUUAUUAUUUAAAAAGAAAAAAGAUGUCAAUGAGUACAAUUGAUAUAUGUGAUCUAUCCGAAAAAGCCUCAAAGCUUCACAUAUAUCACCAUGGAGAUAAACUAGUUUUUUCACCUCCUCCACACCUAAAACCCCUUGCUUAUUCUCUCCUUUGUCCCCUAAAUUUUCUUUGAUCUCUUCAAGAAUCUUGGCUUCCACUAACGGGUGUGUAGCAACAAGCCAGAAGAACCAAAUUGAUUGUCAGUGAUGGAGCACGGUUCGUACUCUGAUCAGAGUAAAUCUACUUUUUCUCUGGUUGAUGAGGAUCACACAUUUGCAAAUUCUGUCAGAUUCACCUUAAAUCAAGAUCCAAGAGUGACAUUUUGUGGGUACAGCAUUCCUCAUCCUUCAGAUAAUCGUGUUAAUAUCAGAGUCCAAACAACAGGGGAUCCAGCACGAGAAGUGUUAAAAGAUGGAUGUCAGGAUCUGAUGAUUAUGUGCCAGCAUGUUAGGAACACUUUUGAUAAGGUUGUCGAUGAUUUUAAAAUGACCAAGACUGUGGAGGAGGAUAUGGGUACCAAAUAGUCUUAUCACUGUUUUACGGUGUUGACUCGUUGGCGGCAACCUAACGCUGCAUCAACAUGCUUAAGCUCCCAACAUGCUCUUCGUGGAAGAAGAUGGGCAUCUGAAGGCCAAACUACGGAGGUAGAUAAAAAGAUUAUUAAUGGAUCUCGGAGUGGAGGAAAAUCCGAAGGUGACGAGAAAACUGUCCUGGUUUAUUAGAGUCCGUACUCACGAUUUAUUCGGAACGGAAAACUUCUGGGUCACUCGACUUUCUUAAUCUCAGUAGGUUAUAUCCUGAGAUCCUAUGAUAUGGAUAUCAUCGUGGACGGUGCACUGGCAUCAUUGGUGGUAUUAUUUCCUGCUUUUUUUAAUGCUCUAUAUAAUUGGCUCGUUUCACAAACUCCAGUGACAGCCGGGAAAGACUAUCAAGUUUUCUCAUAUUCAAUCACCAUAAACCAAUGGGCGGCCUUUGGUGACAUUUAAAGCUCAUGGAAGAUCCUACUUUGUGGAUCCAGCACAUUGUCCCGAGGCACUUAUGGCUAGACUUACCCAACAGAAGAAGAAAUGAAAUGAACUGAUGAAUGAGUGUUACUAUUGGCUGUAGUGUUUUGUUGUUCGUAGAUAUAUAGCAGUAGUUAUGGACAUGCAUUUCUGUAUUUGUGUUGAAUCAAAGUUGAAUUUACAUAUG